AUGACAAUAAUCAUCAACUCACCUGAACUCGUGGAGCGCUUUGAAUCGAUCAAACGUGCAAGUGGAGCCGGGCUCAAGUUCGCUGCACACCAAGUACCUCCUCCCACAGCAAGGCCGGCGCCGACGGCGACCGCUAGGCGAAUAUCCCGAGAGAACGUCGUGCACGAACGACCACACGUAAUAUUCAGAUCGAUACAGGGGCGAACGCGCGCUGUCUACCAAAAGUACACGACUCGACCGUGUGACGGACCGUCAAUCGGUUGGGAGACUGCAGAUGCCGGUUGGAAUUUACGAGCGGGCUGUCAAAUCAAGAAUUAA